CCAUCAUGAUGAAGCGAUUUAUGUAGAGAUUUUCGUUAUUCGAAGUGAGUGAGAAAUCCGAAGAAGUGAUAGUAACUAGCGUCUUCAAUGACGAGCAUCUGCACUCUCGAUGUUGAGUUCGCGGAUAAAAUCGAUACGCUUCUUAAACCUCCAUCUCCUCACGAAGUUCAGGACUAUUUCGACAAGCUAAUAAAAACCAGGCAAUGCCGAGGUAUCAGCAUAAAGCAGGAUGGAGAGUACGGGAAGGGUGUCUAUGCAGAAAGAGAAUUUGCAGAAGAUAAUCUUGUUUUGAAAGAUCAAAUGGUUGUUGGUGCUCAGCACAGUUCAAAUAAGGUUGACUGUUUGGUAUGUAGCUAUUGUUUCCGAUUUAUUGGUUCAAUAGAACUUCAAAUUGGGAGGAAACUCUAUCUGCAAGACUUGGGUUUAUCUUCGAGCAAGGAUUGUGUGGGAAUGCAUCAACACACUUCAAAAGGGUUUUGUCUAGAUGAUUCAUUGGAUGAAGAAGAGAAUUCUCUUAUGAUGGGUCAUAAAAAAUCAGAAUCAUGCUCAUCAAGUGAUCAAGAUGAUAAAAUUCCUCUCCCUAAAGAGGUUAUCGCGGCAUUAAUGAAUGGUGACUUGGUUUUGCCUCACUCUAACCAGUUCUCCUUACCUUCAGUUGUUCCCUGUCCUGGUGGAUGUGGAGAAGCAAACUACUGCAGCAAAUUAUGUGCGGAAGCUGAUUGGGAAUUGUUUCAUUCUUUAUUGUGCACGGGAGAGAGGUCAGGAUCUUCAUGCAGGGAGGCACUUAUGAAGUUUGUACAACAUGCUAAUGAAACAAACGACAUUUUCUUCCCUGCUGCUAAGGCAGUUUCAUUCACUAUCUUAAAUUACAAGAAAUUGAAAGCAGCUCGUCUCGAAAACCAAGAAAGUUACUGUCAUCUGAAUAGUUCAGAGGAUUAUGGAUUUUCUCUGCUCUUGGAGGCUUGGAAACCAUUGUCAAUGGGUUAUAAGAAAAAGUGGUGGGAUUGCAUAGCUUUGCCAGAUGAUGUUGGUAGUCAUGACGAGGCUUCUUUUAGACUGCAGAUAAGGGAAUUAGCAUUCACGUCACUGCAGCUUCUAAAGGAAGCAAUCUUUGACAAAGAAUGUGCGCCCUUAUUUUCACUUGAAAUCUAUGGGCAUAUCAUUGGCAUGUUUGAGUUAAAUAACCUUGAUUUGGUUGUAGCAUCACCAGUGGAGGAUUAUUUCUUAUAUAUCGAUGAUCUGCCUCAUCCGGAAAAGGAAAAAGCUGAACAAAUAACACGGCCAUUUCUUGAUGCUCUGGGUGAUGAUUAUUCCGUUUGUUGUCAAGGCACCGCAUUCUUCCCCAUACAGAGUUGUAUGAACCAUUCCUGUUGUCCUAAUGCCAAAGCAUUCAAAAGAGAGGAGGACAAAGAUGGCCAGGCAACAAUAAUUUCACUCCGGCCCAUCUCCAGAGGAGAAGAGAUUACCAUUUCAUACAUUGAUGAGGACCUACCUUUCGAAGAGAGGCAAGUACUACUUGCAGACUACGGUUUCAGAUGCAGGUGCCCAAAGUGUAUAGAGGAUCAACCCUGAUGCUCCAUUGUAACUAUUAACUCAGCUGUCAGUUUUAAUGCUAUCAUCUAUGAGUGGCCCAAAAAACUCGAAACAGUGAAAA